CAUCAUCCUCAGCAGCAGCAGCAGCAUCAUCAGAUGGGAGGAGCGCACACACAGUGCAGACAGCGCCGGUGUGUCAGAGGGCCGCGCCGCGCUGCAGAUGAAGCAUGCCGGCCGACAGCGAGACAAAGCCAGGUGACCAAGCCGAAAAUGAGAGCCAUGACCGGCAGCCAUUCCUCAUCGGCGUGGCUGGAGGGACAGCCAGCGGAAAGUCGUCGGUGUGCAACAAGAUCAUGGAGCUGCUGGGCCAGAACGAGAUCGACCACCACCAGCGCCAAGUUGCCAUCCUCAGCCAGGACUGCUUCUACAGGGUCCUCACGCCGGAGCAGAAGGCCAAGGCGCUCAAGGGCCAGUUUAACUUUGACCACCCAGAUGCAUUUGACAACGACCUCAUAAUCGCAACUCUGUGGGACAUCAAGGAGGGGAAAACGGUGCACAUCCCUGUUUACGACUUUGUUUCCCAUUCCAGGAAGGAGGAGUCUGUGACAGUGUACCCUGCUGAUGUGGUGCUCUUCGAGGGCAUCCUGAUGUUCUAUUCUCAGGAGAUCCGAGACCUUUUCCAAAUGAAGCUGUUUGUGGACACCGACGCAGAUACACGACUCUCCCGAAGAGUGCUGCGUGACAUAAGUGAACGUGGUCGUGACUUGGAAAGCGUCCUAGCACAGUACAUUACUUUUGUCAAGCCUGCGUUUGAGGAGUUCUGUCUGCCGACGAAGAAAUACGCAGACGUGAUCAUACCGAGAGGAGCCGACAACCUUGUUGCCAUUAAUCUCAUAGUUCAACACAUCCAGGAUAUCCUAACGGGCGGUUUGACCAAACGGCUGAACGGAUGGUUCAACGGUUACGGGACGACGAAGAAGCAGCCGAACAUGGAGUCCAGCAGUCGGCCUCACUGAGCGCAGCGCUGCCCUGACGAGAGGACGGCGGGCUCGCCUGGUCGUGCUGAAUGUGCUCUACGCGGCUGCUAACGAGGCAGGAAAAUCAAAAGGCCGACUUUUGAUGUGAUUCUGCUCGGACUGAGGAAGUUUAAUAAGAAGGGGGAACCAGUCGUUUGUGGAGCUGGUUUAAAGCUGUUCAGUUAAUAUUUUCCUCUUUUUGCUUAUGUACUGUAUGAGGUUGAACAGGGAGAAAUACACCGGGGCUCACUCGUAGUUUCAUUUUUCAAACUGCUGCUUGCCUUUACCACAGCACCGAGGAGGAGAGAUGAGCUAAAAAAGCAGCUAUGGUGUCUAAAAAAAAAUAAAUAAAAAUAAAAACUUGUUGAGCCUUUAACCUUACAAUAAAUGCAGUGUAGCUACACGCUGUGAAUGGCAAGGCCUUAGCCCAUCACACCACAGUUAAAAGGGCAAACCGUCCGACGAGGCGACUAACCUUCAUCAAUGCAACUCCACGUCUUUUAUUCAAGCUCCAUUUUGACUUGUAGAUUCUGACGUUUGUGUAAAGUUUGCCCCGGCAUCCACUCGCUUUUUCUUGUGUGACUCCACCAACCUGAAUUAGUUAUUAGUCAAACUAAACAACCGAUCCCCACCUCAGCCUGUCUGAUGUAUGAUGACAUCGCCAAAGAUAAUAAUCUGUAUCGUCUGUGUGGACGAAUUGUGUCAAAGUUGUUUAUGUUCAUGUGAUAACUGACAUUAACUCAUUAGAGGUGAGAGCAGUUUAAUUUGUUGUUAUACUGAAUUACCACCAAGUAUUAUUUUUAUUUGAUUACCCAGAAACUUGAAUUUUUUGGAUGCACAUGUAUGCAGGUUUCUUUUAAAGUUGAACCUUCACACUGAAAACAGUGUUAAAAUGCUUUGAAAAUGUCCUGAAUUACAAAGACAAAACCCCCAAAUGUAAAUGUGUUCUGUAAGUGUUUCAUGGAGUUUUGUUCAUGUGUACAUUUUUUCUUACGAUAAAUUUCUCAGGUACUCUU